ACAGAAAGAUAAUAUAAAGAAGAGUAAAAGGAUCACAAAGUCCUUAUAAAUAAAAAAUUGAUUAUUUUCCUGAUUUUAUUUUGUAACAGGUUGAAAUUUUCAUUUUGUUUCAGCAGCAACGAUUAAAAAUUGUUUAUAGCAGUUAGUUAAUUAAAUCACCGCAAUACUAGUGCUGAAAAAAAAACAAAAUAAAAUCUAAGCAAUUCGUUGCCAACUAACGUCAAGGCCCUUGGUGUACGAAAAUGCGAUGAUGGCACGCAAUUUUGUAGUCUCGAUGAGGUGGGUAUAUGUGUGUUGUGUGUUGGCUUGAACUUGAGUAGACAAGAGAUGCGAGAGCAAGUGACAAAAAUUCAAUAGAAUAAUUUUCGCGGAAGUUCUAUGAAAAAAUUACAUUAAGUUCAAAAACAAAAAAAGGUCAACAGAAAGACGAGUACAGAAAACUUGGUUGUGAGUUAAACUUGGGGACAAUUUAUUAGUUUUAAUGCAAAAAUCUAUAAAACUAUUAUAUUGCUUUAAAAAACAAAGUAAACGUGGCAUUUAAAAAAAUGAAGGUGCAUUUCCGCGAGCAAUACGGCACGAAGGGAGAAGAAAUCCUCUAUAUAACCCCCGCAGAUCAAAGUAGCAUAGUUCGCGUGCCAUUGCGAACUGACAAAUUGGUAAUACAGGAGAAAUUUUUUCUUUUCCGGUUUCUGCAGAAAAUCUUCCUCCCGAAGGGCUAUCCGGAUAGCGUCAGCGAAGAUUAUGCGGCAUAUCAAGUGUGGGAUACAAUACAAGCAUUUUGCAGCACCAUUUGUGGCACAUUGUGUACACACGCUAUACUAAAGGGUAUAGGAGUAGGCAAUGAUAACAUAACUGCCUAUUCAGCUACAGUCGCUUGGAUACUUAAGGAGGGAAGCGGACACUUGGGGCGUAUUUUAUUCUCGUGGUGGCAGGGCUCGCAGCUGGAUGUAGAUUCAAAGAAGUGGAGAUUGCGAGCCGAUUUUUUAAACGAUUUGGCAAUGAGUAUCGAGAUAUAUGUGCUUCCCAAAUACCCCAAUUUAAGUACGCAGCUAUUGUGUGUCACUUCUGUAAUAAAAGCUAUUGUUGGAGUAGCUGGCGGUGCAACUCGUGCGGCCCUUACGCAGCAUCAUGCGAUUCGUGGCAACUUGGCCGAUGUCGCAUCGAAAGACAGUUCUCAAGAAACCUUCGUGAACUUGAUUGCUUCAUUUAUAGGCCUUUAUUUGCUAACACUCAUUAAAUCACAAAGUAUACUGUACAGUGUUUUUAUAUUCGUAAUUAUUAUUCAUCUUUACUCCAAUUUGAAAGCAGUCAAAGCUGUCUGCUUGCGCACAUUCAAUGAGUCCCGCUAUUUAAUUACUUUGGAAGAGUAUUUUCGAUCUGGGCGGAUGCUAACACCACAACAGGUGAAUAAGAUAGAACGCGUCACUAUUGGUCAAACAGUUUCUGUCUCGCUCAAGAUCUUAAUAGGAUUGUCCAUCAGAACACUCAUCGACGAGUAUAGAACAACUCACGCAAUAGAAAAUAUAAUUUCAUCUUUCGACCCGCACGAACGUUUUAUCAUUGCUGAAAACAACAAAAACAUAGGAGUAUAUUUGCAUUUUGACACGAGGCCGCAAGAUGUUUUGAAAGCGUAUUUUUUUGCUGUUUCCUUUUUACAAGAUCGUAAUCAAAUAAAGGACAAAUAUUGGGAAAUCCAAUCCAAAUGGCAAGAAUUUGUAUCUCUGGCACAAAAAGAAGGUUGGCUUACGACUCAGCAUUUACUUAUGGUUGACGAGUAUCGACUGGACUGGAAAGCUUAGGUAUAUCUUGGAUAGCAAAGCCACAUUCCGAUUGGUCGAAGAGAGUUUGCAAUUUUACAGUUUUGGCUUUUAGAAAAAGUAUUUUGACAUAUAUUGUAAAGCAAGAUCUCAAUUUUGCUAGAAUUUUUUUGUUUUAAGAGACAUCGAAGAAAUAAGAUGGUAAUUUCCCAUUUUGAUACAAAAAUAUUUUGAGCUUUGUACUAAUAAUAGUAUUGUGGAAUCAACUAUUGUACCAAUGUUAUCAUAUUAAUUAAAAAAUAGUCUAUUGGAUUGAGAAAUUCUUUUUGAUACUAGAAUGUAAGGAAGUGAUAUUCACAUAUCUCAUAUCAUAAUUCAAAAUAAAAUAUUCAUAGCUUAUUGUGAUGUAUAUGUAGUAGAUACAGCAGCCGUUAUAAAUUCUUUAUUAAUUUUAUUUCCUCUUUAAUAUGAUCUUCAUAGAGUCACUUUGCAGCUUAAUUCUAGCAUUUAAGCUUGAUUGUUUCGUCGGGCUCCUCUCACUAAUCUCAGGUGAAUGUCAUGUAAUGUCGUUAGCUGACCGGAUGGACGCCGUUUGUAAGAUGCUUGAAAUAAUCUAACGCAUACUCCUUUUCUGUGCCGUUCUUCGUCAUUAGGCAACACAAAAUAAAAAGUGCAACUUAAUAAUUCAACCAUUUUCACUCGAUAUAUCUAUAACUGUAAAGUCUGUAACAAAACCUUCUAUAGCCUUACCACUUCGGGGAUGUUCAUGAAUUGUAUGAAUUUAUUUAACAACUAAAGAAAUGUCAAUAAUACAAAAGGUAUAAAUUUUAAAAAUAUUUGCGCAAAAUUUUGUUUCAAAUACAUAUGUAAUCUCAGAAAAUACAAAACUUCAACUAUGAAGACUCAAAUACCAAACCAGAAGAGUUUUAAAUGAUUUACCAAAAAUAAAUAUAAUAUAAACAUAUUUUACGAAACAUUUUACGAAUAUAAAGUAGAAAUAUUUAUAAGAGGUGGUGGAAGUAUAUAGUGAAUUUAUUUAAAAAUGUAUGUAUGAAAAAAUAACAUCUGACAAAAUACCUUACCAUCAUUGGAUUUUUACUUAGAUUUGUAUUUCACAAUUUUAUUUCAAAUCGGUUAACAUCUGUUAGAAAACUUAUCUUUUAGAAAGUAUUAUAGCAAUUAGAUUCGAUCGUUAGAAAUUCGUUGCUGAGUUUUUGAAUGAGAUAUUGUACAUUUAAGGUUUCAGUCAAUUAUUCACUGUAAGGCUUACAUUAUUUAUUUGUAAACAAAUUAUUAUGUAAAUAAGAGUUGUUUUGUAGAAUGUAAUAACUAAAAAUAUCAAAAAAAUUAUGGUUUAAUAAUAUUAAGACUAUUUUAGGCACGUUCUAAUCACAAUAAGAUAACUCCUUAGUCGUUUCAAUUAUGGCCGUGUAUACAUCCCGUCGCAAUAUUAAAAUUUAAUUAAAAAUUAUGUAUACAAAGCUAUGUGAAGAAUCUGCAGAAUAAAAAUUUUACUUUUAUGAAGUGGUUUCUGAAACUUU